AUGGGUCGGAUUCCAGAGAAUCCUCUGCUGCAACUGCACCUCACCACCAACGACGAACAACAAGCCACCACAAUAGCCACACCACAGACGAGGAUAAUCAAUCAUAACACAGUGAACAACGACGAAAUUCGACAACACAACGAAUUUAGACAACAUCCCCACAGACCACCAACGAAUUUCAACAACACCACAACAGACCACCACCGACAACCACAACACAGUGAAAGUCCACAACACCACCAUACACAGUGA